GUUUUUCUGUUUCCACAAUAAAGAAGCAUGGAAUAGUGGAGAGAACACGAUUUCGAGUUUACUUCCUUCAACUUGUGGAGUGCAACGAUUAGGCCAAUUUUUUAGUCCUUUAUAGCUGCAACAGCAUUUUAACUCUGAAAAUGACGAGCCAUAGCACUCAAUCAAAAGCACCUGCUUUAGAAGUGGAAGCGAACAGCAGUGGAGAUGAAAGUUGUCAAACUUUUAUCCUGAAUGAUGAAGACCAUACACUUGGCAAUGCCCUGAAAUAUAUUUUAAACAAAAACCCUGAAGUGACUUUUGUUGGCUACAGCUUGACCCAUCCUUCUGAAAAUAAGAUUAAUCUUAGGAUCCAAACUUCAGGCAAACCAGCUAUUGAUGUUUUGAAGCAGGGCUUUAAAGAUCUGAAGCAGAUGUGUUCACAUAUGUUGACUACCUUUGAGUCCUCAACAAGGUACUACAAAGAAAACCACAUGGAUGUCAACUCUGACAUGGAUCAGUCGUGACCCUGGGGUCAGAGGUCAUUGGUUGUUUAUGAUUGUUUUAUGUCAUUUGAGGAAUGGUUGAUGCUUUUUGUACCUGCCUGUGUGUGUGUGUGUGUGUGUGUGUGUGUGUGUGUUGGAGAGAGAGGAGAAGGAAAUGCUAGAAUGGGGUCCAGAUCAGGGUUGAUGAGUUAUGAGAACAGAAAUAGAAGGCAAGAGAGCGUGAUAGAAGGGAGAUAUUGGUUGAGAGACAAAUGUACUUAUUUACUGGACUAAAUUGGAGUGAAAGAUUAUUUGUGUAUGUGUAAGAAUGAGAAAAAAAAUUGCAUUACAGUACAUUACAUGCCUGUAUGAAGAAAGGAAGAAGUUAUGCAAGAGAGGAAAAAGAAUUGAGAUUUUGUAUAAAUAGAAUUCUGUGCCAAUAUUUCCCCUUUUGUCAUUUGUUCAAAGUCUCUUUAGUUAAAAAAAAGUACCAAUAAAAAUGAAGCUUACCAAUAA